AGCUGCUUCGUUUGGGAGCAGCAAGUGAUAUCUUAGGAAGAUAACGUCAACAUCCGAUCGCAAUGGCGAACGAUCGGGAAGUGCUUCGGGAAAUCUGGGAUGGUAAAAUCCCAGUUUGUUUCACUCUGGAUUCGGAGGAGACGUGCGAAUUGCAAGGACCGGAUCCUUUUUAUCUAAUGGUACCUAGGUUAAGUUACUUCCCACUGUGUACAGAGAAGGUAAGGAAACACUUCAUACGGCACAUACAGAGUGGCAGUAAACAAGAGCACGAGAUGUGGCUGGAAUUCAACGGAAUUCCAUUGAAAUGGCACUACCCCAUCGGUGUCCUGUUAGACAUUUACUUCAAUGACAUUCAGUUGCCUUGGAACAUCGUUGUCCACUUCGACAAAUUUCCAGAAAAUGUUCUGAUGCACUGCCAAAAUAAGGAAGUCGUAGAGGCCCAUUUUCUCUCCUGCAUAAAAGAGGCGGACGUUCUGAAGCACAGGGGGCAAAUUGUAUCUAGUAUGCAGAAGAAAGACCACACGCAGUUGUGGAACGGUAUCAUGAAUGACAAAUUCGAUCAGUUCUGGUCCGUGAAUGGCAGGCUCAUGGAGGCUACGACCGAGGAAGGAUUCAAAUACAUACCAUUCCGAUGUUAUACUAGCGAGGAUAAAUAUGUACAGAAACUGGUGAGGCCGAUAAACGAAGAAGGCCAAAGAAAAACAUUGAAGCAUUUGUUAAAUGAAGUGUUCCCGGAUCAAGAAAAUGUUACCGUGCGCACUCACGGUAUCAUACCACCGUUGGAAACGCCGCUUCAAUGGAUGGCGGAGCAUCUAAGUUAUCCGGACAAUUUUCUGCAUCUAAUUGUCAUCACAUCGUAACGCCUAAUGAAGAUCGGAUAAUUCCACCACUCAGUGAUAAUAAAUAAUAUCUCUGCCCUAUUGCGUACUUUAUUUUUGUUAUGUUUUUUUAUUGUGAUAUAUAUUUAUUUCAGGAUAGAAUGUACUAUUACUUUUAUCACAAAGUGUAUUUUGCGGAUUAAAGGGGCGAUUGCGACGACCAAUUGAGGGAUAAGAUCGAGUGUGUGAGGGGAAUGUAUUGUGAUAUCACGUAUUGCGAUAUUUGUACAUUAGGAUUCCCGCCAGAUUCUAAGUAGAUUUUAAUCACGUAUAAAUUGUAUGUAAAUGACGAGAUUCACGGUUGCGAAUAAUUGUUCGGGAUAUUUUGAAACAUCACUGAUAUCAAUGGACAUCAACAAUGUCGGAGCGAACAAACAAAUUUAUUGAGCUAAUAAUUAAUUGGAACGUGUUUUGUUCAUUAAAUUAUCAUACAAUUUC